UAUCAAUAAAAAUUUAAUAAAUGAUGAUCUGAUGUACCUUGUACCCCCACAUUUGAAGGGUUUAUUCAGAAUAACCGCGUCAUUGAACUUUUGAACUUCUUAUUUGAUUACCAAAUCGUGGUUAUCAUGCAAUGAUCGUAGAUCUUUCGCGUCAAUCUGAAAGAGACCAUUUUCUAUGUAGUUUAGUUACAUUUUUAUAAUGCUUAAGGGUGCAGUUUCUUUAGUUACAGGCGGUGCUUCUGGUUUGGGAAAAGCCACCGUCGAAAGGUUAGUGCAACAAGGAAGUAAAGUUGUAAUUUGCGAUUUACCAUCUUCCAAGGGCCAUGAACUGUCCAAAGCUUUAGGAGAAAAUAAAGCAGUUUUUGCUCCCGUGAAUGUUACAUCUGAACAAAAUGUAAAUGAUGCCCUGAAACUAGUUAAAGAUAAAUUCGGAAAAUUGAACUAUCUAGUAAAUUGUGCUGGAAUAGGAGCAGCUGUCAGGACAUACAAUUUCAAGAAAAAUGAACCUCAUAGUUUAGAAGAAUUUACAAAAGUAUUGACUAUAAAUACAGUGGGUACGUUUAAUGUCAUCAGGUUGGCUGUGGGUCUAUUAGGUCAAAAUGAACCGAAUGAGAGUGGUGAGAGAGGGGUUAUUGUUAAUACUGCAAGUGUUGCUGCAUUUGAUGGGCAAAUCGGUCAAGUAGCCUACUCUGCCUCGAAGGGUGGUGUGGUUGGCAUGACUUUACCCUUAGCUAGAGAUUUAGCUAGUCAAGGAAUAAGGGUAGUAACUAUAGCUCCUGGGCUUUUUAGGACACCACUGUUGGAGGAAUUGCCAGAAAAAGUAAUUGCUUCUUUAGAGAAGUCUGUUCCUUUUCCUUCCAGAUUAGGGGACCCAAAGGAGUACGCUCAUUUGGUGGAAAGUAUCAUCAGGAAUCCGAUGUUGAAUGGGGAAGUUAUAAGGUUGGACGGCGCCAUCAGGAUGCAACCUUGAUUUGAUUGUCACAUUUCACAAUAAAAUUAUUGAAAGUA